UAGCUUGCUCCGUCCUUCCAAUCCCACCAAGCCACGACCAGAGCAAACGGUCACUGCUUUGCAACGAACAAUUUGUAGGGGUGGCAGCGGCACAUCUUGCUGCGACUUCAUCGAGUAAUCUCAGAUCAUUUUAGCAUAUAGGAAACGAGUGGUCAGUCAACAUGUGGCUGCUGUGCCCGACGCGGCUGGCACGUGUGGUGCCGAGCCAUCCACUCAACGUGCGAUCAUUCGAUUCAAACUUUGCUUCGUGGUCGAGCGCCACGGAAGACUUGAGAGUCACGCGAUCGCUGAUCCAGAGAGAGUUUGAAAGAAGCUGGCCGCGACCUCAGCUGGCCCGGACGGUGUCCACGGUUGCGAUGGCUGUGCAGUCCACGCAUCCGUCAAUUUGACGGCUGCUGGCUGAGCUCCAAGCGCAAGGUUCAGGUUUGCCGGUGAUCCAGGCUUAUAGCGGGAUGCUCGUCUCCGCUUGGCUUUGCGAACCUCUGAUUGCAUUGGAGCGCCACAAUCCAAGGGCUGAGUAGAGUGCACAUCUGCCCACAGAAGUACGUAUAGAGGUUGUAAUUUGAAAGGACCUCGCCUCGCCUCGCCGAGGUGAGAGGGAUGGUGCUGG